CACUGGUCGUACAGGGCUCUGGAGCAGCAGACUCAGUAUGCCAAGCACCUGGGCCACCUGCAGCAGCAGCAAGCGCCUCCGACGAGCCAACAGCAGCAGCAGCAGCAGCAGCAGCAGCAGCAGCAGUUUGCAAGCCAGCACCACCACCACCACCAACAGCAGCAGCAGCAGCAGCAGCAACAGCAGCAACAGCAGCAGCAGCAGCAGCAACAUCAACACCAACAGCAGCAGCAGCAGCAGCAGCAGCGAGCAGGGGCUAGUCCACUGUCACCACCUCGUCCUGGAAACCCUAGCGGCGGCAGUGGAGGAGGCAGUUGCGGCAGCACUGGAAGCGGUGGCAGCAGCAGCAGCAGCGGAGGUAGCAGCACCGGCAGCAAUAGUGCAUCCGUCAAUAAUAGUUACCCGCCACCGCCACCGCAGCAUCGAUACGAUCGGGCCUAUAGCAUUGGCUCGGCGCCCACCUAUCGCGAGACACCCUACACGCGUCUCACGCAGCAGGUGCAUCAGGUGGUGCAGCAGGUCGUGCAGCAGCAGCAGCAACAGCAGCAACAGGCGCAGCAGCAGCAGCAGCAGAUGCCGGGAUAUCAAAGAGUUUCGGCAGCAACGGCAGCAGUGCUGGCGGGCAAAUCGUCCGCUCCUGGCCAAGGUUCCAAUUCAAGUCAAGGGAGUGGAAGCGGCGGGAGUCAGGGUGGAGCUGCUCCGCCCGGCGGCGGUGUGGUGCAAGUGUCGCAAUCCGGCGGUGUCCUGGUCAUGGAGGCAGCGCCCCAUUAUGCCAGCCAACCAAAUAGUAAUCCCUCCCAGCAACAGAAGCAGCAGCAGCAGCAACAGGGAGCGGGGCCAGCCUCAUCUGCCGGGGAUAAUUGCAGCCGCAUAAUGGUCGGUAAUCGGGGCAUCCUGAUACCCCACUCGCAGGCCCUGCAGUAUUCCAGCGAGUACCUGACCAAUGUCACAGCUGCCGUGGCUGCCGGUGCAGUGAUUCAGCGCCAGCCGUUGCAGCUUCCCCCGCAGCAGCAGCAGCAGCAGCAGCAGCAACAUCCUCCCGAGCCAUUCGGCAGUGCUGGUGGCCAGCAGCCGUACAAGAAGCAGCGGCUAAGUGAUGCCAAUGCCAGCACCAUGAAUCACCUGCCACCGCCACAUCCUCAGCAUCAGCAGCAGCAGCAGCAGCAGCCGCCGUCGCACCAGCAACAACGAUCCUCGCCAGCGCAACAGCAGCAGCAGCAGCAGCUAAAUAGCAGUCGACAGAGUCACAUUGAUCUCUGCCGUCAGGUAGGAGGCGGCACGCCCAUGGGCAUACAGCUCAAGGUGGAUACACUGCCUCAACAGCAGCAGCAGCAGCAGCAGCAUCAGCAACACCAGCAGCAACAGCAGCAACAUGCUGCACAAAGCAGAAACCCGCCACUGUCAGCGGUGAGCAGUAGCUUGGCAGGAGUGGGAACGGUGACUGUGUCCACAACAGGACCAGGAGUGGGAUCGAGCAACAGCAGCAGCAGCAGCAGCAGCAGUAGCCAUGUGAUUGCUGGAGGAAGUGCCAGCACUGAGGCCUACCAUCCACAGGUGGAGGCCAUUUCGCCGACGCUGCCCAGCGAUAAUGCCAUCGAGGAGCGUGGUAGGACCAGCGCCAAGGAGGAGCUGCUUAUGAAAAUCCAAAAAGUUGAUAAUGAUAUCAAAUCCGCUGAGACAACCAUGGAGACGUUGCGUAAAAAGGAAAAGAGCCUUAUGGAGGAGGCAGCUUUGGCUAAGCAGCAAAAGGCCGCCAAGGAUGUUGUUGCUAAUAAUAACAAUAAUAAUAAUAGCAACAAUAAUAAUAAUAACAACAAUAACGAACAGGAUGAAGUUGUGGAGCUGGCCUGGCGUGGCCAAAUGUUAGCGGAGAAGAUCUAUGCGGCCAAUAGAAAGACGGCCCAUGACCAACAUUCCAAGCUGCUGCAGAUUGCAGUAACAACAACAACAACAACGACGACGGGGACAACUUCGACGACGACGAAUCAGUCUAGCGAUGCCAUGAGCAUAAGACCUUGGCUGCCGCUAUAUAAUCAACCCUUGGAUGUGGAGGCCCUAACCGUGCUAAUACGUCAACAUCAGAGUCAAGUGCGUGCACCUCUCCUGUUGCACAUACAAAAACUAAAGGCCGAACGUUGGCUGCACAAUCAGGGCCUCGUGGAGAAGUACACCAAGGAGCAGGCCGAUUGGCAGCGACGCUGCGAGCGAAUGGAGGCGAGUGCCAAGCGGAAGGCACGUGAGGCCAAGAAUCGCGAGUUCUUUGAGAAAGUAUUCACGGAAUUGCGUAAGCAACGUGAGGAUAAAGAACGUUUCAAUCGUGUCGGUUCGCGGAUUAAAUCCGAAGCGGAUCUCGAAGAGAUCAUGGAUGGACUCCAGGAGCAGGCACUCGAGGAUAAGAAGAUGCGUUCAUAUGCCGUCAUACCGCCCCUAAUGUACGAUGGCCGGCAGCGGCGUUGCGCCUAUCACAAUGAGAAUGGACGCAUCGAGGAUAUGAUGGCAGAGCAUCAACAGCGCAAGGCUCUCAAUAUGUGGACAGCGGGCGAGAAGGAGACCUUCAAGGAGAAGUAUCUGCAGCAUCCGAAGAAUUUUGGAGCCAUUGCAGCCAGUUUGGAUCGCAAGUCGCCGCAGGAUUGUGUCCGCUACUACUACCUCAGCAAGAAGACGGAGAACUAUAAGCAACUGUUGCGUAAAUCCCGCCAGCGCACGCGUAGCUCCCGGAAUCCGGCCAAGGCGCAGGCCGCACAGCCGCAGUGCAUCAUUGAUUCAAUGACCACGGGUGUGAUGACGCGCCUGCAACGUGAGCAGCAACAAAAGUCCGGGAAUCGCUCAUCGGCUGUGGCCGAACGUGAGCGUGCGGAAAGGGCUGCGGAACGGGAACGUGUGGCAGAGAAGGCUGCCGCAGAUGCAGCCAAGGCGGCGGAGAGUGCAGCGGAGAAGGCAAGUGCCGCCUCGAAGGCAGUGGAAGCCACGGCAGCUGGCGAAAAGGUGGCCAAACAGGCGGCAGCAGCGGCACAAGCGGCAGCAGCACAAGCAGCAGCGGCACAAGCAGCAUCAUCAUCGGUAGCAACAACAGCAACGUCCACGACGACAACAACGGUGACGACGAGUGCCACAACAGCAGCAGAGAAAGCGGCAGCAGAGGCAGCAGCAGCAGCAGCAACAACAGCAGCGGCCAAGAAUGCCUCCAGCGAUAAGAAUGCCACGGCGGCAACAGGAGCGACUACAGUGCCCACAACAGGCAUUGCUCCAACCAGCGGCAACACACCUGCAACCACAAAUGCAACAGCAGCGGGAGCAGCAACCACACCAUCAGAGAUCUCAGCGAGCGGCAUCGAUUCUACAGCCAAGAGUAGCAAAACCGUCGAUGACGAGGCAGCAGCAGCAGCAGCUGGAGGAAUAACAACCGGAGGAGCAGCAGCCACAGUGGCGGCCACGGCUGGUCAUACACCAGCCACUGCAACGGCAGCCAAUCCCGCAUCCGAGGGCAGUACGGGCACGGCAACGGGUGCCACGGCUGCAGGUGGUGGUAAUGUCAAGGGAGCUAGCAAACCAGAGACAGCCACGGAGCCAGCGGUGGGAACAGCGGCCAAAGGUGCCGAUGCGGGCUCUGAAGGCAACACAGAUCCUCUGGCUAAGACUGCCAGCAAAGAGAAUGCUACCGGUGUCACCACAUCUGCGGCUCCAACGCCGACGCAAGGCGUAACCCUGAAUGGCUUCAAGACCGGUUACCAGACGGUGGUCAUGGCCAAUGUAAAGGCAACGGCGGCAGGAGCAGGCGAAGAUUCAGGAGCAGGAGCAGCUGCAACGGGAGCAACAAAGAAUGCAACAAUGGCAACUGGUGGUGGCAAUAGUAACGAUAAAAUCGUCAAGACAACGCCAACAUCGGGCUCGGUUCCAAAUUCAACAAGUACACCCGCCGAGAGUGUUGGAACAGGAGCAGGAGCAGGAGCAGGAGGAGGAGCCGCCGGAGUACCCACAUUGACCACCGCCACAACGGCGGGCAAUUAUCUUGGCCAGAAAUUGAAGGCGGCCCAAGUGGAGGGACUUGGGGCGGGCAAUGAUCUGCAUUCAGAUGUUAGUGACUCAAAGCGAAAGCGUUUCGAAAUGAAUGCCAGCGGUGAAGCACAGCAAGUGGGUGGAGCGAGUGCCACCAAUAGCCACAAUAGCAAUAAUAAUCUGAAGGCCAAUGCCAAGGAUGUGUCGAUGGUCAAGUCAUCAUCAUCAUCAUUAACAUCCUCUGUCGCUGCAUCGGUAUCAUCUGGAUCAGUGGCCUCCUCUGUGGUUACCUCCACGCCGGCAUCUUCAUCCGGUUCCAUUCUACUGAUCAGUGCCGCCUCCAUAAUGUCCACUGCAACUGGUUCAGGAUCAACAGGAUCAACGGCAUCCACUGCUCCGGCGAUCUCUAUGCCCCUGCUAUCGGAUGGAAGUGAAAUUAUUGCAUUGGAUGGAAAGGAUCGCCUGGCCAGCUGUUUUGUGUGCAAGGCGGAGGCCUGUCCCCGAACCCGUCCCCUGAAGAAGGGACGUGGCCAGCAGUACGGAAUUCCGGAUGAAACGAUCCCGGCGGGCGCACGCGUCUGCAACAGCUGCCAAUGCAAAUCGGUGCGCAGCCGUUAUCCCAAUUGUCCGCUGCCCACGUGCCCCAAUCCCAAGGAUCGGGCCCAGCGACUGCGGAACAUUCCCUCCCGUCUCUUUGAACUGGCGCCGGAAGUGCGUGAUCCGGUCAUGGCCGAGUUCCAAAUACCGCCGCACGCCACCCGCUGCUGUUCCGCCUGCCUGAUGCGCAUUCGCCGCAAGCUGGAUCCCCAGCUGAAUCUCACCGAUGGCUCCAGCGGCGGUGCCGGCAGUGGCAGUGGCGGUGAUGAGACGGAUGUCAGUACCUCGUCCUGCGAUGAACGUGAACCCGGUGGCUCUGACACUGCCUCCGUGGAGAGUCCAGAGAAUUUGCAGCGUCACAAAUCGCUCACCUCCAUCAAGCAGCACCUGCAGCUACAUCAGCAACAUCAGCAGCAUCAGCAGCAGCAGCAACAUCAGCAGCAUCAGCAGCAUCAGCAACAUCACCAUCAGCAACAGGCAGCGGCGGCCCAGCAAUUGUCACAGCCACAGCCACCGCCGCCCAAGACGUCGUCCGCAACGGUGGUGCCACAGCGUGGAGACACACCGCUGAUUAUCACGCCCACCCGGAUGAGUGGCAAGGCGGGGGCAUCGGUGGGUUCUGGUGCCACCAGCGGCAGCAAUAACAACGACAACGAUCGUCUGCUGCCACCGGCCGCUGGACAGGCGCCCAAGAAGCAAAAGACCAGCGAGGAAUACGACUCAUCGGCCACCGAGACGGCGGAUGAGGAGAAUGAGAACUCGCCGGCCAAUCGUCAGAGUCCCAAGGUUCUCUUUCAUGGUCAUGGACAUGGACACAACAAUGUGGCCGGCCUGCAGCCGCCAGGUGUGGCCAAUAUGGGUGUGGCUCCAGGUGCUCCCGGUCAGCAGCAGCAGCAGCAGCAGGCGGUCAAUGGACCCAUUGCCAUGCGUCGCGAGGCAGUCAAUAAUGUCCAGGAUUGUGUCUUUUCGGUGAUUGAGCGUUCGCUGAAGCACAAGGGUCCACAGCCCAAGGGAGGUCAGCAGGGACAGCAGCAGGGACAGCAGCAGGGACAGCAGGGACAGGGACAAGGACAGGCUUCCACACCUGGUCAAAGUCAGUCACCGCAGCAAUCGUCCAACAAUCUGGAUCGCAAGGAGCUGACCAUUGUCAUGGAAUAUCGCCAGGAGCCACCGCCAUCUGGCAUACUCAAGCAGCAGCAGCAGCAGUCUGGCGGAGCACCACCACCACCGCCGCAGCAAUCCUCCGCGGGUGUGCCACAUGGCACCUCUGUGCAAAAGCUGCAGGGUUCCCGGCCAGCAGCCGUGCCACCACCACAGCCUCAGCCGCCGACCAGCUCGGGAGCUGGAUCCAAUUCUGGCAACAACGGAACCAGCGAUAGCCUGGCCACCUUGUCGGUGGUCAGUCCCCACCUGGGCUUCGGCGUUGGUGUGGGUGUGGGUGUUGGCGUGCCACCGGGCAGUCAUCCGGGUCUCAUGGCCCAUACUGCUGCCUCGGCAGUGGAUAAGGCCACCAUAACGCCGGUGGUGAAGCAGCCAGGAGGCGGAGCAGGAGGCAAGAGUAGCCAUUCAACGCCCACGCCACCGGAGACGAUCAUUUACAAUGUACCAACGGCACAUCCACCGCCACGUGGUUUACCCCAGCCGCCGCCGUCGCAGCAUCCCGGUCAUCCCUCGCAGCAGCAGCAGCAGCAGCAGCAUCCAGGACAUCCUGGUCAUCCGCCGCACGCCCAGCAUCCGCAGCAGGUGCAUGCCCAGGUGCAGCAGCAGAUGCAGCAACCGGUGCCGGAACCAGAGCCCCAAACCCUGGACCUGAGCAUCAAGAAGCCACCGCGUGAUGGCCACUCACCGCACACCGGCUCUGGCUCAUCGGCAGGCAGUGGCGGCAGCUCCUCAUCCUCGGCAGAUCGUCACCAUGGACCACCGCCGCCUAGCAUGUCCAUGAAGCACAUUGUCCGCUCCACGGCCAUGUAUCGUGGCGAUACGGUCACCGUGCCCUCGUUGACAGCGUCCAGUUCGUAUCUGUAUGCCCAGCCGCCGCACGGAGUGCUCAAGGGAGCACCGGGUGUGGGAGUCGGUGUGCCCGGUGGCGGGGCACUCUAUGUCCAGCCCGUGCCAGUGCCCGUGCCCAUUUCGAUCUCCGGCCAGGGACAGAUGCCACCGCGACCAGGACAACCGCCGCCAGCACAACCGCCCUCGGGCAGGGGCAGUGCCGGUGUGUCCAAGGUACCGCCCAAGCUGAGUCCGCAGCAGGCGCAUCAUCUACAUCCCGGUCAUGGCCACUCGCCGUCCCAGCAGCAGCAGCAGCAGCAGCAGCAGCAGGCGGCAGCAGCAGCAGCAGCAGCGGCAGCCGCACAGCAGCAACAGCAGUUGCUCGUCAAGAGUGGAUCGAUUACCCAUGGAACGCCGGCCAAUAGCGCCCAGCAGCAGAUCAUUGUCCAUGCCGCCGCAGCGGUUGCAGCAGCUGCUGCUGCUGCCUCCUCGUCCUCAUCAUCGUCCUCGCUCCUAAGCCCGAAAUUCGAUGGCCUGGUGAGACAGACGACGCCCGAGGCUGGUCCGCCAGGUGGUCCACCGGGCAGCGGUGGCAGCAAGCAUGGCUCCAUCACACAGGGAACACCACUGCACCUGCCGCCACAUCAUUUGGAGAGCAAGCGAGCCUAUGAGUUCUACAAAUCCUCGCAGCAGCGUCACAGUCCCGCCCAGCAGCCAGGAGCCGGCGGAGCUGGUGGUCAACAGCUGCCACCGCCACCGCAGCAAUCCUCGCCGCAGGCACCGCCACCGCAGGGCUAUGGUGUGGGCGUGGGCUCACCCUAUGCCCGCUCACCGUUUGGCGGCGUUGUGGAGCCACCAGUGCUGAGCACGCGGCAGAUUGUGAUGCAUGACUACAUCACCUCGCAGCAGAUGCAGGGACAGCAACAGCAGCAGCAGCAGCGGAAUAUGUCACGUGGCAGCAGUGCCAGCGGAGGAGGUGGCGGCGGCGGUGGUUCGGACAAGGAGUCACCCUCGCCACGGAACAGUGUGGGCAGUGCCGGUGGCUUUGUCUACGGCGGUGGUGAAAAGGAGCCGCCACCAAGGGGCAGGCCGGAGUACUCCAGUCGUGCCUCGCCAGCGGAUCAUGCAAAUAGCACUCCCAGUCCCCAUAGGACACCACCACCCCAGCGCCAGGGUGUGAUUCAGCGUCACAAUACCGGCUCGAAGCCGCCUUCGCCGGCAGCUCCACCGCCCAGCAGGAUGCACAUUGUGGCGCCGUAUCAGUAUGCUCCAGCUGGCCACGAUGCCCUGGCCUCAUUUGUGGACGUGGCUGUGCAGCAGCCUCAAUUGCCGGUGCCCUCGCAAAAGGAUGACAAGUCACCGGGUGCCGUUCCCGGACAGCAGCAGGUAUCUGGAUCACAAGCUUCGGCACCGCCACCACCACCACCGCAUGCCGUGGCCGUGGCUCCACCGCCACCGGUGGCCCAUCAUGAUCUACGCUAUCGUGACCUCAUCCAUCACCAGCAUAUGGCCGCCGUAGCUGUGCAUCAGCAGCAGUUGGCGCAGCACCAGCACCAGCAGUACCGCCAGCAGGUGGAUCUGCAGCGGCGCAUGGAUCAGGCCAAGCGGGAUCAGCAGCGUCAGCAUCAGCAGCACCAGCAGCAUCAGCAUCAGCAGCACCAGCAGCAGCAGCAGCAGCAGCAGCAUAACCAUGCCCUCGAACGCGAUCGGGAGAUGCUGCAGCGCGAACGGGACCGUGAACGGGAGCGGGAACGCGAACGGGAGCGGGAACGGGAGCGAGAGCGAGAAAGGGAGCGUGAGCGGGAACGGGAACGGGAACGUGAGCGACGCGAGCAGGACAGGGAGCGGCGUGUGGUGGCCGAGGAGCGUGAACGGGAUAGCCGGCGAAUGGAGCGUAUGUUUGCUGCCGGUGGCGGUGUGGUAACAGCAUCGGGUGGCGCCGGUGGAGGACCACCCCCGGGUCAUUACAUACGAGCACCAGUGCCCGAGACCGGACCGCCACGUUCCAUACCAGACCGUGAGCGUGAGGCAUACUAUCGUCCCGCCCAUGGUGGUCCCACGCCCGAGGAUGCCCCCGGUCAGCUGAGUGCCCAGAGCCUGAUCGAUGCCAUCAUUAAGCACGAGAUUAGUCGCACCAACGAUGCCACCGGUGCAACGGGACGGGAAUUUCCGCGCCCCACUUUCGGUCAUGGCCCACCGCCACCACCACGUGGCUCGGGAUCAGGCUCUGGCUCCGGGUCUGGCGGUGGCGGUAAUACCCGUUCCUCGCCAGCCAAUGUCAUGCAUCCGCUGCAGUAUCUACGCGAUCACCGCCAGCCGCACGAAAGUGGAGCAGUGUCCCUGCUAACGGCGGAGAACAAUGGAAAGCCCAGCUCAUCGGGAUCACCGAAUGUCAUCAACAUUGAUCUGGAUCAGGAGCGAAUCUCGGCAGCAGCUGCCGCCGUGGCCCAACAGCAGGCAGCGGCACAGCAGCAUCAGGCACCGCCACCCUCCUCGCAGUCACGUUCCGUGCACGGCCAGCUAAGGACGCCCACCUCACAGGCGGGCACCGCGCCCAGUCCCCAGCAGACGCACACCAAGAGCAUCACCUUUGGUGAGCUCACCGACUCGAUCAUUACCAACGAUUACGGCUCGAAUCCGCAUCUGCGUCCCACGCCGCCCUUCAUGACCUACCUGCAGGAGCCACAGCCUAUUUUGCCACCGGAUCGCUGGAAGCAGAAUCGUCGUCUCCAGCAGAAGGCGGAGGAGGCCAAGCAUCAUUCGCAACAGCAGCAGCAGCAGCAUCAUGUCCAGCAACAGCAGCAGCAGCAGCAUCAUCCGCAGAUUGCCGGCUCUGGAGGCCAGGGCGGCAGCUCUGGAGCUCCCAGUGGUCCAGGCAGUGGCGGCGGCGGAGGCGGCGGCCGAGCCAAUACACCCGGCGAGGAUGGACGCAACAUUAUACGCAUGCCACAGCCCGUAAGUCCCAGGAAAUAUGCCCACGAACUAAUGAUUCACCAGGUGAUGGGUGCAGCAGCAGCGGCUGGCGGUGAGCCGGGUCACUACUUUUUGCCGGCACCGCCACCGGUACGCGUCGGAGUGCCACUGCCGCCGGAUCAGCGUGGAGCACCUGGAGGCCCACCCGGAGGUGGAGGCAGUGGUGCGCCCGGUGGCGGCAGCGGAGGCGGAGCACCCGGCAGCGGCGGCGGCGGUGGCGGCGGAGCCACCACCAUUGAUAACUAUGUCAAGAAUCGCAUCGCCGAGGUAAUGCGCGACGAUAUUGGCUACGUGAAGAACCGCAUUGUGGAGGUGCGUUCCGAGGACGAGGUGGCCGCCGAUCUGGUUGCCGCUCACUCCCAUGCCGCCCUCCAUGCAGCCCAUGUGGCGCAUGCGGCGCAUGCAGCCCAUGCCGCCGCCCUGGAGCUGCAGCACAGAAGCAAGGAGCCACCGCCGGAGAUUAGUGUGUCACGGAAGACGCCCAACCAGUACGAGGUAGUGGAUGGCAGCGGUCGGCGUUCGGCCGGCAGCGGCUCCGUCUCGGUGUCCGUCUCGGGUGCCAACAGUCACCAUUCACCCUUCCAUCCGGUGCCGGCGUCCUAUGCCCCCAGCACCUAUGCCUUCCCCUACAGCGCCCUGACCGUGCCCAGUGCCGCCGGCGGUUUGCCGCCGCCCCAAUCGCUUCAGCUGGGUGCCGGUGGUCAGCUGUCCGGCGGUGGCCACCAUUCGGUUGCUCCGCCCGGCCACCUCAGUGCCAAGGCCAAGGCGGCGCAUGCCCUCAGUGAGCUGGGCGGAGUAGGAGUCGGAGGCGGAGCAGCGGGCUCUGUUGGCGGCGGUGGUGUAUCGCUGGUGGUUGGAGGCGGCGGACCUGGCGGUGCCAGUGGACCAGGUGGUCCGGGAUCUGGCGGCGGCGGCGGUGGCGGAGGAGGAGGCGGUGGAGGCGGCGGCCACAAUCCCAUUGGUUCGGCGGCAGCCGCUGCUAUGGCGGCAGCAGCAGCGGCCCAGUCAGCGCCGGCGGCCAGCGAACCGAAGCCAUUGCUGUCGUCCAAGUACGAGGCACUGAGCGACGAGGAUUAGUUGUGACUGCCGGCGUCGUCGUCGGCGCCGGCGUCGCAUCUGCGGCCAGCAGCGAUAUCAGUAGCAACAGCAGCAGCACCACCGCCGCCGCCCGGCACGAGCUACGGUUAUCCUGGCUACCGGCGACACUCCCAGCAACAGCAGCAGUCACAUUCGCACCUAGCAACACAGCAGCAGCAGCAUC